UUAUAUUUUAAGAAAGGUAUCAUCUGUCGCAUCUGUUUAUUUUCCCCUGAAAAUCGGUUUGAGUACAAUGACUUCUUCUAUGAACCGGAUACGUUGCUCAAUUCCGAUGUUUUUGUUUUGGUCGAAGGAACCUCAUAAAAAUGGAAAUAUAUGCAGAUAUAUAUAGCCAAAAAACCCAAUGGGUUCGAUACAUUAAAAAUAUCCGCAGAUCCGUUAUCAAUGACGUUAUCACCCAUGGCUGCCUUGUCGCAUACCUAACUGUUGCAUUUAAAUAAAAGAUUAAUGAAAUAGCAUUAGAACAGGAUGGUGAUUUUGUCUCUUUUCUUUCACAUCCUUUUUGGGAUAUAUAUUCGGCCCCAUGGAUUAUAAUCAAGUAGUAUUGCGUUUCACGCCAACGGAAUUCAAAUAAACAAUAUGAUCUUCAAAUUUAUAACCAUCCUGGCGAUCGCCGCCGCUUGCAACGCCAUUCCUCUUAAAGAAGUGUUGAAGCCCGAAAAUGAGCCAAUCAACGUCAAUCCGCUACCAGAGAACACCCCAAUAAAACCAGAAAAUGCUGUACAAGCAGAUGAAAAGGCUCCUUUACCAGCCGGUGCUGAUGAUAAAACCACAGGAUCCAAAUCUGACGAAACAGAUUUAAAAACAGACAAUACUUUUUGGUGGGGCAGCUCCUACAGAUAUCCAGCCCGCUCCAGAUACUAUUAUAACUACCAAUACGUACCAAGGACAUUCGAGUACACCUACUAUACUGCGCCCCGCACUUAUUCCUACUGGACUCCAUAUUGGUAAACGAGGAUCAAGCAAAAGACAAAUAUUAUAAGAACGACAACCUACAUAAUAAAAAGUAAA